AUGGAAUCCCAACAAUUACAUCAAAAUCCACAUUCUCUACAUGGUAGCGCCUAUGCUUCGGUUACUUCUAAGGAAGUCUCAUCAAAUCAAGAUCCGUUAGCCGUUUCAGCUUCCAAUUUACCGGAAUUUGAUAGAGAUUCCACUAAGGUUAAUUCUCAACAAGAGACAACACCUGGGACAUCAGCUGUUCCAGAGAACCAUCAUCAUGUCUCUCCUCAACCUGCUUCAGUACCACCUCCACAGAAUGGACAGUACCAACAGCACGGCAUGAUGACUCCAAACAAAGCUAUGGCUUCUAACUGGGCACAUUACCAACAACCAUCUAUGAUGACGUGUUCACAUUAUCAAACGUCACCUGCGUAUUAUCAACCGGACCCACACUAUCCGCUGCCACAGUAUAUCCCACCGCUGAGUACUUCCUCACCUGAUCCAAUCGAUUCACAGGAUCAACACUCUGAAGUACCUCAAGCUAAGACAAAGGUGAGAAAUAAUGUCUUACCACCACACACUUUAACAUCAGAAGAAAACUUUUAUACAUGGGUUAAAUUUUACAUCAGAUUUUUGAAGAACUCUAAUCUCGGUGACAUCAUUCCAAAUGAUCAGGGUGAAAUCAAAAGACAAAUGACUUAUGAAGAACAUGCGUAUAUAUACAAUACCUUCCAAGCAUUUGCCCCAUUUCAUUUAUUGCCAACAUGGGUAAAACAAAUUUUAGAAAUUAAUUAUGCUGACAUCCUUACAGUCCUUUGUAAAAGUGUGUCCAAAAUGCAAACUAACAAUCAAGAAUUAAAGGAUUGGAUAGCUCUUGCCAACCUUGAGUACGACGGAAGUACAUCUGCUGAUACAUUUGAAAUUACGGUCAGCACGAUCAUUCAAAGGCUAAAAGAAAACAAUAUCAAUGUUAGCGACAGAUUGGCCUGUCAACUAAUACUUAAAGGUCUAUCCGGUGACUUCAAAUACCUACGUAAUCAAUAUCGUACCAAAACGAACAUGAAACUUUCCCAAUUAUUCGCUGAAAUUCAAUUAAUAUAUGACGAAAAUAAAAUCAUGAAUCUAAAUAAACCGUCCCAAUACAAACAACACAGCGAAUACAAAAAUGUUUCUCGCACAUCUCCAAACACGACUAACACAAAGGUUACAACUCGUAAUUAUCAUAGAACAAAUAGUUCAAAACCAAGAGCAGCAAAAGCUCACAAUAUUGCUACAUCUAGUAAAUUCUCAAGGGUGAACAAUGAUCACAUUAAUGAAUCAACCGUUUCAUCACAAUACUUAAGCGAUGACAACGAACUUAGUCUUAGGCCAGCAACAGAAAGAAUCUAAGCCAACACACACAAUAGACUCGAAUGACGAACUACCUGAUCACCUUCUUAUUGAUUCAGGAGCUUCGCAAACGCUUGUCAGAUCAGCCCAUUAUUUACACCAUGCAACACCCAAUUCUGAAAUAAACAUAGUCGAUGCUCAAAAACAAGACAUUCCUAUAAAUGCCAUUGGUAAUCUUCACUUCAACUUUCAGAACGGCACCAAAACAUCAAUAAAAGCACUGCACACACCAAACAUAGCCUAUGAUCUAUUAAGUUUGAGUGAGCUGGCUAAUCAAAAUAUUACUGCCUGCUUUACCAGAAACACUUUAGAAAGAUCGGAUGGUACAGUACUAGCUCCCAUAGUCAAACAUGGAGACUUUUACUGGUUAUCUAAAAAAUACCUAAUUCCUUCGCACAUUUCAAAGCUAACAAUAAACAACGUCAACAAAAGCAAAAGCGUAAAUAAAUAUCCAUAUCCGUUAAUACAUCGAAUGCUUGGACAUGCUAACUUCCGAAGUAUUCAGAAGUCUCUUAAGAAGAAUGCAGUUACAUAUUUGAAAGAAUCGGAUAUUGAAUGGUCUAACGCUAGCACAUAUCAAUGUCCUGACUGUCUAAUCGGCAAAAGCACGAAACAUAGGCAUGUCAAAGGAUCACGACUAAAGUACCAAGAAUCAUAUGAGCCUUUUCAGUACUUGCAUACCGAUAUAUUUGGUCCUGUACAUCACUUACCGAAAAGUGCACCUUCUUACUUUAUAUCGUUUACAGAUGAGAAAACCAGAUUCCAAUGGGUCUACCCAUUACACGACCGUCGUGAAGAAUCUAUACUCAAUGUUUUUACAUCGAUAUUAGCAUUUAUUAAGAACCAAUUCAAUGCUCGCGUUCUAGUUAUCCAGAUGGAUCGUGGCUCCGAGUACACUAACAAAACUCUUCAUAAGUUCUUUACGAACAGAGGUAUUACUGCAUGCUAUACAACCACGGCAGAUUCUAGAGCACACGGUGUCGCUGAACGAUUAAAUCGUACUUUAUUAAACGAUUGUCGCACACUGCUUCAUUGCAGUGGUCUACCAAAUCAUCUAUGGUUCUCAGCAGUCGAAUUUUCUACUAUAAUCAGAAAUUCAUUAGUCUCACCAAAAAACGAUAAAUCUGCAAGACAACAUGCAGGUUUAGCUGGACUGGACAUUACUACUAUACUACCUUUCGGUCAACCGGUUAUAGUUAACAACCAUAAUCCCGACUCGAAAAUACAUCCUCGUGGCAUUCCAGGUUACGCCUUACAUCCGUCACGAAACUCUUAUGGCUAUAUUAUCUAUCUUCCAUCAUUAAAAAAGACAGUAGAUACUACCAAUUACGUUAUAUUACAAGACAACCAAUCCAAAUUGGACCAAUUCAAUUAUGAUACACUCACCUUUGAUGAUGAUCUCAAUCGUUUAACAGCCCAUAACCAAUCUUUUAUUGAACAAAAUGAAACAGAGCAGUCAUAUGAUCAAAAUACAGAAUCUGAUCAUGACUAUCAAUCGGAGAUUGAAAUAAACUCUGAUCCUCUAGUGAACGACUUCUCGUCCCAAUCAAUGAACCCUUUACAAUUAGACCACGAACCAGUCCAAAAAGUACGUGCACUAAAAGAAGUUGAUGCCGACAUAUCUGAAUACAAUAUUCUUCCAUCUCCUGUACGAUCUCGUACACCCCAUAUCAUUAAUAAAGAGAGUACCGAAAUGGGUGGUACCAUUGAAUCAGAUACUACUUCACCUAGACACUCGUCUACCUUCACUGCACGAAACCAAAAGCGACCUGGUAGUCCCAAUGAUAUGAUUGAUUUGACCUCACAGGAUAGAGUUAAUUAUGAACUUGAAAACAUCAAAACUACCCGUUUGGGUGGUACGGAGGAACCAUAUAUUCAACGAAAUAGUGAUACAAAUAUCAAAUACAGGACUACAAAUAGUACGCCCUCAAUAGAUGACCGUUCGCCCGACAGUGACUCUACUACUCCCAUCAUCUCCAUAGAAACAAAGGCUGCAUGCGAUAAUACACCCUCCAUUGAUACGGAUCCGCCAGAAUAUCGAUCUUCUGACCAUGCGACUCCUAAUAUAAUGCCUGACAAAUCCUCAAAAAAUGUUACGGCUGAUUCUAUUCUUGACGACCUCCCACUUCCUGACUUAACUAAUAAAUCUCCUACGGACACUUCUGAUGUUUCAAAAGAUAUUCCACACAUACACUCUCGUCAGACUAAUUCCAGUUUGGGUGGUAUGGAUGAUUCUAAUGUUCUGACUACUACCAAAAGUAAGAAAAGAUCAUUAGAAGAUAAUGAAACUGAAAUUGAGGUAUCCCGAGACACAUGGAAUAAUAAGAAUAUGAGAAGUCUGGAACCACCAAGAUCGAAGAAACGUAUAAAUCUAAUUGCAGCAAUAAAAGGAGUAAAAUCAAUCAAACCAGUUCGAACGACCUUAAGAUAUGAUGAAGCAAUUACAUAUAAUGAAGACAACAAAGAAAAAGACAGAUAUAUUGAAGCUUAUCAUAAAGAAAUUAACCAACUAUUGAGAAUGAACACUUGGGAUACAAACAAAUAUUAUGAUAGAAAUGACAUAGAUCCUAAGAAAGUAAUAAACUCAAUGUUUAUAUUUAACAAAAAACGUGAUGGUACACACAAAGCCAGAUUUGUUGCAAGAGGCGACAUUCAACACCCCGAUACAUAUGAUUCUGAUAUGCAAUCCAAUACCGUACAUCACUAUGCACUGAUGACGUCAUUGUCAAUCGCAUUAGACAAUGACUAUUAUAUCACACAGCUGGACAUAUCCUCUGCUUACUUAUAUGCUGAUAUCAAAGAAGAAUUAUACAUAAGACCUCCACCACAUUUAGGUUUGAAUGAUAAGUUACUACGUUUGAGAAAAUCACUCUAUGGUUUGAAACAAAGUGGUGCAAACUGGUAUGAAACCAUUAAAUCAUAUUUAAUAAAUUGUUGCGACAUGCAAGAAGUUCGCGGAUGGUCAUGCGUAUUUAAGAAUAGUCAAGUAACAAUUUGCUUAUUCGUUGAUGAUAUGAUAUUGUUCAGCAAAGACUUAAAUGCAAAUGAGAAAAUCAUAACAACACUCAAGAAACAAUACGAUACAAAGAUAAUAAAUCUGGGUGAAAGUGAUAACGAAAUUCAGUACGACAUACUUGGAUUAGAGAUCAAAUAUCAAAGAAGCAAGUACAUGAAAUUAGGUAUGGAAAAAUCCUUGACAGAAAAAUUACCCAAACUAAACGUACCUUUGAACCCAAAAGGAAAGAAACUUAGCGCUCCAGGUCAACCAGGUCAUUAUAUAGACCAGGAUGAACUAGAAAUAGAUGAAGAUGAAUACAAAGAGAAAGUACAUGAAAUGCAAAAGUUGAUUGGUCUAGCUUCUUAUGUUGGAUAUAAAUUUAGAUUUGACUUACUAUACUACAUCAACACACUUGCUCAACAUAUACUAUUCCCCUCUAGGCAAGUUUUAGACAUGACAUAUGAGUUAAUACAAUUCAUGUGGGACACUAGAGAUAAACAAUUAAUAUGGCACAAAAACAAACCUACCAAGCCAGAUAAUAAACUAGUCGCAAUAAGCGAUGCUUCAUAUGGUAACCAACCAUAUUACAAGUCACAAAUUGGUAACAUUUUCCUACUCAACGGAAAAGUGAUUGGAGGAAAGUCGACAAAGGCUUCGUUAACAUGCACUUCAACUACAGAAGCAGAAAUACACGCAGUCAGUGAAGCUAUACCGCUAUUGAAUAACCUCAGUCACCUUGUGCAAGAACUUAACAAGAAACCAAUUAUUAAAGGCUUACUUACUGAUAGUAGAUCAACGAUCAGUAUAAUUAAGUCUACAAAUGAAGAGAAAUUUAGAAACAGAUUUUUUGGCACGAAGGCAAUGAGACUUAGAGAUGAAGUAUCAGGUAAUAAUUUAUACGUAUACUACAUCGAGACCAAGAAGAACAUUGCUGAUGUGAUGACAAAACCUCUUCCGAUAAAAACAUUUAAACUAUUAACAAACAAAUGGAUUCAUUAG